AUGUUAGCACGACAACGUGUAGUAUAUGUCGCACCUCAUGUGCGUCAAGCUGCGCUUCGCUUACAAAAUAUUGCUACUGUUCCUUCUCAAUUUGAUGUGAUUGUUGUUGGAGGUGGUCAUGCAGGUUGCGAAGCUGCUGCUGCUGCGUCUAGAACUGGUGCGAAAACGGCAUUGGUGACUCAAAAAUUGGCAACAAUUGGUGAAAUGUCAUGCAAUCCAUCCAUUGGUGGUGUAGGCAAAGGUACUUUGGUGCGUGAGGUCGAUGCUCUUGGUGGCCUUAUGGGACAAGUGGCUGACGCAGCUGGGAUCCAUUUUCGGAUGCUUAAUUCGGCCAAAGGACCGGCAGUACGAGGUCCACGAGCUCAAAUGGACCGAGAUUUAUAUCAACAGGGUAUGCAAAAAGCAUUGAACAAAUUACCAAACCUUUGGUUGCUGGAAGACGGAGUGGAUGAUCUUAUGCUAGAAAAGCAAAGUCAGCGUGAAAACGAGGCUGUGGAACGAGUAAAGGGGGUUGUGACCUCUUCUGGCCGUGAGAUUCUGGCAUCUCGGGUGGUUCUUACAACUGGAACUUUUCUCCGUGGCACAAUUUACCAGGGACCCGACAUUCGGAUCCCGGCAGGACGGCACAUGCGCGAUACAGACGGACUCGAGCCACCAGCUGUGGGUCUUGCUCAAACACUGGAUCGCUGCAAGUUUCCGCUUGGCCGACUGAAAACUGGCACACCGCCACGACUUGAUGGACGCACGAUUGACUACACAGGACUGGAAAUCCAGCCCAGUAAUGACUUGCCAAAGCCCUUUUCGUUUCUUAAUGAACACAAGCAAGUACCUUUGGCAGGUCAGCAAGUGGUCUGUCAUGCUACGUACACCAACGAGAAUAGCCAUCGUAUUGUGCUUGAGAACUUGCACAUGUUGCCUCAGUAUGACGGUGGUAGAAAUGGUGAGGGCGUGGGGCCACGAUAUUGCCCGUCAAUCGAUGCUAAGGUUGUUCGCUUUGCUGACCGCUCGAGGCAUCAGCUUUGGCUUGAACCUGAGGGAUUGAAUACUCAUAUUGUGUACCCAAAUGGUAUUAGCACUGCGUUACCUGAAAAGUUACAGCUCGAGUUGCUACGUACGAUCAAGGGACUUGAAAAAGUGGAGCUUGUACGCGGCGGAUACUCCGUCGAGUACGAUUACGUUGACCCACGAUCGCUGCAUCCGACGCUGGAGACAAAGAAGCUGCCUCGUUUGUAUUUAGCUGGUCAGAUAAAUGGCACUACAGGGUAUGAAGAAGCCGCAGCACAGGGUAUUGUGGCAGGGAUAAAUGCUGGACUGAGUGCUAUGGGACGAGAGCCGUUUAUUCUUGACCGGGCGGACGCUUUCACUGGUGUGCUUAUCGACGAUCUAAUCUCGUUAGGUACAACUGAACCAUACCGAAUGUUUACUUCCCGGUCGGAGUUUCGCCUAUUGCUCCGUGCAGAUAAUGCGGACUUGCGACUUACCCGCAAGGCGUUUGAACACGGCGCUGGCAUUCCAGAUGAGCGUAUGCAGAAGCUUAAGCACAAGGAACAAGCUGUUGAGAAAGCCCGCAAAGCUCUAAACGAAUUUGCAUGCGAUCCAUACGAGUGGAAUCGCUACGGUGUCAAGGUGGGUCUUGACGGAGUGAAGCGUAGUGCUGCACAGAUCUUGGCUUUUUCUGCUGUGACUCCGCAGGAUAUUGAGCGCGUAUGGCGAGAGUCUGGCUACGAGCAUGCAGACGCGUUGCCCGACGAUAUCAAAGAGCUUAUGAAAACCGAGUGCCUUUAUGCGACGCAACUUCGUGCGCAGCACCAGGAAAUUCGCGUCUUUCGCGACAAGCAACACGUGCAGAUCCCUGAAUGGGUAGACUACACGGAGCUGCCUAUGAUAUCAAACGAAGAGCGUGAAAAGUUGCAACAUGCUCAGCCCGCUACGAUCCAUGCCGCUAGUCGCAUUGCCGGUCUCCGUUCGUCAACAUUAUUGUUGCUUUAUCAGUAUGCCAUGCGGCAGCCGCACGAUGGACUGACCAAAAAGCAGCGAAGACGCAGGGACAUUGCUCAGCGCACUGCCAAGUAA